AAAUCCGUCGUGUUCGUCUCGUUCCUCUGGCCGGAGUCGUCCUCCUCCGCCGCGGGCGUUCGCACGUGCGCGCUCGUGAGAGAUUUCAAGUCAAGGGGCUGGCGCGUGCACUUCGUCGCGUGCGCGAAGCGGAACUCCCACGCGGACGCGCUCGAGGCGGAGGGGAUCGGCGUUUCCGAGAUCUUACCGAAUCGCGGCGCCGACUUCGAGGACGUCCUCGCGACGACCGCCCCCUCGGUCGUGAUCUUCGAUCGCUUCAUGGCCGAGGAGGCGUUCUCGUUCCGCGUCAGAGCGGCGUGCCCGAACGCCGCGCGCGUGCUUGACAUGCAAGACCUGCACUCGCUGCGGUACGCGCACGCGGCGACGGCGGACGCGGCGGCGGCGGACGCGGCGGCGGACGACGACGACGACGACGACGACGACGACGACGACGACGACGACGACGACGACGACGACGCGCGGUGUUUGAACCGCGAGCUCGCGGCGGUGCAACGGAGCGACCUCACGCUCGUGUGCUCGAUGGUCGAGCGACGGCUCAUGCUGGACACGUACAGAGUGCCGCCGGAGAAGCUCGAGCUCGCGUCGUUUUUCUGCGAGAGCAAUCACUGCGAGAUGCGACGGAACGGCGAGGAUCUGCCGCCGAUCAUGCCGCCGCCGCCGCUGCCGCCGACGACGCCGGGGUUCGACGCGCGCGACGGGUUCACGACGAUCGGGACGUUUCACCACAAGCCGAACGUCGACUCGGUGCGGUGGCUCGCGGAGGCUAUUUGGCCUCUGAUUCGCGCCGAGCUCCCGACGGCGACGAUGCGAGUCUACGGCUCGUACCCCACGGAGGCGAUCAGACAGCUUCACAAGCCGGAGUGCGGUUUUCUCGUCGAAGGGUUCGCCCCCACGAUCGAGGGCGUCAUGGACACGUCGCGCGUCCUCCUCGCGCCGCUGCGGUUCGGCGCCGGGGUGAAGGGAAAAAUCGUCGACGCGUGGACGCGAGGCCUCCCCGUCGUCACCACGCCCGUCGGCGCGGAAGGGACGGAUCGCACCGGGGUGUGGGGGGGCAAGUGGCGGUCCAUCACCGCGGAGGACUUCGCGGCGGACGCGAUUGAGCUUCACGAGAACAGAGAGGCGUGGGACGACGCGAGGAUCGAUUGCUCGGCGAUGAUCGACCGGCUGUUCCCGGCGGAGAGGAACUUGGCGACGGUGCGCCGCGCGAUCGACGAGCUGUUCGAAGGCGAGGGGGGUCUGGAGGCGCGGCGAGGGCAGGAUUACUUCGCCGCGUCGCUGUGGCAUCACACCGCGAGGAGCACGGAGUAUUUCAGUCGGUGGAUCGAGAUGAAG